UUCUUUUAAUCGGAUUAAAAAAAUACAAGCACGACAAAUCAUCGCUUAAAAACUCUUUGAUGCAAAACUAGACGACGACAUUGAUAUUUUAUUUGUCAGUGUUAUCUACCCGUUAUCGCUAAUAUUUGUAAUCGUAAAUAGUAUUAUAAAUUGUUUUAUGAGCAUUUAUUUAAGUCUACAUAUCUCGUAUCUGAUAAAGUACUCAUUCGCUACGGAACGAUUUGACUUCAGCUAACAAUAGCAACUUUAGAGUAGCAGUUAAAUAAUUGUUACAUGGGAAUUGUAAUUUAAAAAUUCCUUGAUGCAAACAACUUAAUUACCAUAUAAUUAUAAAAAGUACCAACUCUUACAAUCGUUUUCUCAAUCGCAUGGGUUUGAUUCGUCUGCGAAACUUAGUAAGGAGUAAAGAAAUACUUUUACGCAAUAUGAGUAUCGACAUUGGAGGUAUGAGAAUUAAAUAUAAAGAUAAGGAUGACACAUUCUUGGAGAAACAUUUAGUGGCUAAAGAACCAUUUGGACAAUUUAAAGCAUGGUUUGAUGAAGCAUGUGGUAGAAAAGAAAUUUUGGAACCCAAUGCUAUGUGUUUGGCCACUGUGUCAAAAGAUGGAUAUCCAUCAGCAAGAUUCAUGUUAUGCAAAGGUUAUGGUAAAGAUGGAUUUAAGUUUUUCACAAAUCAUGGCAGCAGAAAAGCUAUAGAGAUGAGUGCAAAUCAGAAUGUAGCUGCUACAUUUUACUGGGAGGUCUUAAAUAGAUCUGUACGAAUUGAAGGUUAUGUAGAUAAGCUGUCUGAAGAAGAAUCUACUAAAUAUUUCCAUUCAAGACCAGUACCAAGUCAAAUUGCAGCUUGUGCUAGUUACCAAAGCACACCGAUUGAAUCCAGGGAUAUUCUAUGUGAAAGAGAGAGAAAAUUAGAGGCUGAGUACAUGAUACCAGAGAAAGAAAUUCCUAAGCCGAGUUAUUGGGGUGGUUACAUAAUACGACCGAGAGCUGUAGAGUUUUGGCAAGGUCAGCGGGAUCGUCUGCAUGAUAGAAUUAAAUUCAGAAAACCAGCAGAAGGGGAAGUAGUUGAUGGAAAAUUGCUUCAUCAAGGGGAUGACGGUUGGGUCUAUCAGAGAUUAUCACCAUAAAUUAGAUAUGAAAAAGAGGUAAUUAUAAUAUAAAAAUAUAUUUCAAUGUCUUCCAUUUUUACAACAAUGCAUUAAUUUACUUUAUUUUACAU